UUUGCAGUUGAUUACGGUAAUCAUGACGAAUCCAGAUCGGUCUCACAACGUGUUAUCGGCGUCGAUGGAUUGCAGGUUCAUCCCGCUGGUUUCAAGACGACCCCUGAUCCCACGAGGACGAGUUCAUCGUAUAUAAGGACGACUGUGCCACAUGCUCUGUACAUUCAAAUUCUUCCCAUAAGAACCUCUGCUUUUUCCAUACCAUACUCUAAUAUACCCACACUCAUACUUAAUUAAUAUCCUUAAUCAAGAUGGCGCCCAAGAUCGCGAUUGUUUACUACUCUAUGUACGGCCACAUCAGGCAGCUUGCUGAGGCUGCCAAGGCUGGCAUUGAGAAGGCCGGUGGCACUGCCGACCUCUACCAAGUCCCCGAGACCCUCUCCGACGAGGUCCUCGCCAAGAUGUACGCCCCGCCCAAGCCCACCGACAUCCCCGUCAUUGAGGACCCUGCGAUCCUCAAGGAGUACGAUGGCUUCCUCUUCGGCAUCCCCACCAGAUACGGCAACUUCCCUGCCCAGUGGAGGGCCUUCUGGGACAAGACCGGUGGGCUCUGGGCCACCGGCGGUCUCUACGGCAAGGCGGCUGGUCUCUUCAUCUCCACUGCUGGUCUCGGCGGUGGCCAGGAGUCGACUGCCAUUGCGGCCAUGAGCACCCUCGCCCACCACGGCAUCAUCUAUGUGCCUCUCGGUUACGCCAAGGUGUUCGGUGAGCUGUCCGACCUCUCGGCCGUCCACGGCGGCAGCCCUUGGGGUUCUGGCACCCUUUCCGGUGGUGAUGGCAGCAGGCAGCCCAGCGAGAGCGAGUUGAAGGUUGCGGGCAUUCAGGGCGAGGAGUUCUACAACACCUUGUCCAAGCUUACCGGUGCGUGAGAAACUGCAACUGGCUCCAAGAAGGCGAAGACAAGUGACACUGGCGCGAAAGCAACUGCUGUUGCUGCCAAUCAAACAGCUUCGCAGCCCAAGCCGGCGCCGCAGCAGAAGAAGGAACCUGUAAAGCAAGAACAGCAACCUACUAAGCAGAAGGAAACCAAAGAAGGGCCUUGCGGAUUGCCGUCCAAAUGCGUCAUCCUUUGAAAUUUGACAGUUUAGCAUGCAAUUGAUACCAAGUCAAGACAGUUAACAGUUAAUUUGUCCCACUCCUUGUUUUGUGAAUGGUCGAAG